CGUUGCCUUCAACCAUCAUCCUCCGGACCUGCCUGGUGCACGAGCACAUCCAUUGCCACAAUGACAAACCUCCUGAUAUCUGCGUUCCCACCUUUCAACACCCUGACCUUGGCUGUACCCCCUAACGCUGAAGUCUCCGACAUCUAUCCGCUGCUGCAGGAGCGCUAUCCCUCGCUUCCGUCAUCUGAAGAUGUCGUACUUUCGACCGCGCGCGGGGUGCUCCCCGACGGUGAUGCACCCGUAUCAGACCUUGGAUCGCUUGUUACGCUCCGCUUAUCGGCCAGGCUUCUCGGUGGGAAGGGGGGCUUCGGCUCGCAGCUGCGCGCCGCCGGUGGCCGCAUGAGCAGCCAGAAGACGAGCAACAACGACUCUUGCAGGGACCUCAACGGCCGGCGGCUCAGCACGAUCAAAGAGGCAAAGAGGCUAGCAGAGUACCUCGAGUCCGAGCCCGAGCGCGCCGCGGCCAAGGCGGAGGCGCAAAAGGCGAAGCUGCAGGCGCUCGAGCGUAAGCUCGGCCUCGAGCCGUCGGGGGGCGAGGCGUCAGGCUCCGCCUCCGGCUCAAAGCGCGCCGCCACCGACGCCGACGCCGCCCCUGCCCCGAAGAAGAAGCGGUUCGACGACACCGAGUACCUCGAGCAGACGCGGGAGCUGACGGACGGCGUGCGCAGUGCGGUCGCGGCAGCACUUCUCAAGAAGAGGAAGAAGGCGGGCAAAGAUGUCACUGACAAGAAGAAGCCGGUCGCUGAGGUCAAGCCCGCACCCGCACCCGCCUCCGCGGCCCCGGUACCGGCUACGUCCACGCCCGCAGUCUCGUUGGAGGCCGUCGGUGCUUGACAAGCUUCCCGGCUUGCCGUCGGUCUGCUGCCUUGGACGUGUUCGCUCGCUUUGUCUGUACUGCUUAUGUGUAGCAACGGUGGCGCGGCGAUUUAGCGCGCAUCUCUGGAAUAUGAAGAGCAUGGGAAAAUCGGCUUUCUUGGGGGGAUUGGUUGCUGGUGGCGUGGGGGAGACCUGCACAUCGAGAUCCGUUCGAUGGGGAGAAGCAUACGCGCAGCCGUGAGACGGUCCCGCUUGACCGUAAUUCGUCGUGCUGGCAUGAGGAUGGUCAACGCUUCUGCGAUGUCGUCUCAGUGCCACGCACAGAGGAAUGGAGCUGUUAUCCCCCUCCGUACGUCUUCCGUCCAGGAAAGGGGGACACGAGCCUCGAGGACCGUAUCGAGGGGCUGCAAGCGUUGGUUUUGACGUGAUCAUCGAAUGGCUUCUCGUUGUC